AGCCAUAGAUUCUCACAGAUGAAGGACCUUUUUCGCUUGAGAUUCUGUAGGUUUUCCUUUCUGGAAAUGCUUAGGGAGCUUUGAGCCAUGACCUGCAGCUCAGGGAUUUGAGUCCUUCCGUUGUUAAGGAUUUAUUAUAGCAUGUGAAUAUGCCACUUAUUAAAGUGCCAGUGGUACAGAAGUUUGGAAUACAGGCCAGUACGCAACAGGAUGAACUACUAAAGAGAUUUUUGAAAAAAACAUUGCUGAGUUGCAAUGCAAAAUCUAAAUACCCUUUAGAAGUCACAGAAGAGUUUGUUCAGAAGUUCAAUCAUGCAAAAAGUCCAAAGGAUAAAGAAUCUUUACUAGAAAGAGCCAAGAAAAUGCUAGCCAGAUGUAAGAGAAGAUUAGGAAUUAAUGUGUUAAGUUCUGGAAAACAUGUGGAUCUUAUGAGAGGCUGGACUGAAGCACUUAUAUUGGUGCACUGCAGUGGUGAAAUCCAAGAAGAGGCUUUGGAUCUCCUUUUAGUUUCUUUAGACCAAGCUCCAAUAGAUCUGGAACAUAUCCCUGUUUUACUUUCUGUCGCUGAAUCCAUUUUAUUCCGUCUCUCUCUUGAUGUGGCAUGGGAACCUUACUUAUACUCAACGGAAGUCAAGUUCUCAAAGGUUGGAUUUUUGGUUUUUUUAAGGCUCCUUGUUUUUCAUUUGUCUGGUCAAUUGGAGGUCUCUGAAGAACAGAUAGAUGGGCUUCAAAUAGGAUUAAAUGCAUUUUCACUUAGUGAACUACGCUACUUAUCAUUUCCAAACCUCUUCCUGGCUGUGAAUUUUAUGCGGGAGUCUGGAGAAACCAUAUGUGGUGCUGUGGUACUUUCUGAAUCAUUAUCAGCAUCUGAUGUAAGCUUGGAAGGUCGACAGGAUCAGACUCUUCUUGGCACGACAGUUCAAUUAGAAGUUGAACAAAAAGAAUUCAAGAUUCAGUCCUUUGUUUGGCAUUGCCUUGUUGUUUGGGUAUGUGUAAACAACAACUCUUCACAACUAGAUGAAGUGCUCCAGCAUCUUCUGUUCUGUAAGGAAGAGCUCUGCCAAAAAAACUGGUUGGCUUCAAUAUUAGGUUUGUUGGUCCUUGGGGAGGCCGCCAAAUUAAACUUGUCCUGCUUGAAGGUUUUAAUGGACCUAGUGAGAGAUUUUAUUUCAAGCUCUAUGUCUCUUCAGAAGCAGGAAGAGAGGUCCAUAACUUAUCUACCAUCCUGGCCCUGGGAAAUAUGCUACAUGUACAUCUGUGUGCUCCGAGACAUUUGUUUAAGUGCUAAUACAUCAGAUUUACAAAAAACUGCUUUUCUUGGAUUCUGUGAUUGCAAAAAAACAUCAGAACAUCCAGAUGAAUUAAGAGGGGCAAGUUUUUUUGACCUUUUGCAAUAUAACCUUUCACAAACUCCAGCAGAUGGUGAAGAUCUAUUCUGGGUUAUUCGCUAUGGUUUGGUUCACAAUCUAGUUAUGAUGUGCAGUGAACUCAGUGGGGAUGUGAGCCGAGAAGGAUUAAGGAAUGCAAUGUGGAAAGCUUUACAGAAACAAAAGAACAGUAUAAAGGAUGACAGAAUCCUGACAGCUGUAACAGUAGCUGAGGAUGAGGCAAAGGCUCUAGCAAACCCUUUAAUUAGUUCAAGUGGAAAAGCACCAUCAGCUCCCAGAACCAUAACCUCCUUCCACUAUAUAGGCGGGCGAAUUGCCAGUGCAAUGUGCCAGUUCUUUUUACCACCCAUUGGCCCCAACAUCCCUCUGUCAAACAAACCUCUAAAGAAGCAACCUUCACCACAACAUCAAGACUCAAAGCAGACCCAUAUGGAAAAAAACCCUGCACGUCCUUCUUUAAGGUCUGCAGAAUGGUGCCCAAGAAUGUCAGUUAAAUCUUUUAUACUCCACACUUUUGUUUUGUCUCUUCUCUGUAGUGUAGUUCUUAAUUCUUCAGCUGCCCCUAUAAUUCUUAGUGUAAAUGGACAGUGGUAG